CGCAGGUUCUUCACUUCAUCAAUCUCAUUAGUUCACAAUGGCCAAACACUUUCUAUUUUCCUUCUUCUUGCUGCUCUUCACGAGUGCGUGCUUAGCACAUCACUCUGAGUUAGAUAGGUUCAACCAAUGCCAGCUUGACAGUAUCAAUGCAUUGGAACCAGAUCACCGUGUUGAGUCAGAAGCUGGUCUCACUGAAACAUGGAACCCCAAUCACCCUGAACUACAAUGUGCUGGCGUAACUCUUAUCCGACGCACCAUUGAUCCUAAUGGCCUUCACUUGCCUUCUUAUUCACCAUCCCCACAGUUGAUUUUCAUCAUCCAAGGGAAGGGAGUACUUGGGCUUGCAGUUCCUGGUUGUCCCGAAUCUUAUGAAGAACCACGCUCACAAUCUAGACAGAAACAACAACAACGUGACAGCCACCAGAAGAUUCGACGCUUCUCUAAAGGUGAUGUCAUUGCCAUUCCACCUGGAAUUCCAUACUGGACCUAUAACCACGGUGAUGAACCUCUUGUUGCCAUUAGUCUUCUCGACACUUCCAACACUCUAAACCAGCUCGAUUCAACCCCCAGAGUAUUCUAUCUUGGCGGAAACCCAGAGGCAGAGUUCCCCGAAACACAGGAACAAGAACGACCAAGACGCGUAGUACCUUUUGGACGUAGAGGUGGACAGAAGCAACAACAGGAGGAGUCCGAGGAACAAAACGAAGGUAAUAGCGUGUUGAGUGGCUUCGGUGCAGAGUUUUUAGCACAAUCACUCAACACCAAUGAGCAUACAGCCAAGAGACUUCGAUCUCCACAAGACAAAAGGGGUCAAAUCGUAAAAGUAGAGGACGGUCUUGACAUUAUCAGUCCUGAGUUGCAAGAAGAAGAACAACAACAAAGUCACAGUAAAAGAGAGGAGGAAGAUGAGGAUGAAGAAGAACGAGAACAAAGGCACCACAAACAUAGCGAAAAAGAAGAGGAGGAUGAGGAUGAAUCUCGCAGCCAUGAGACUCGUCGAAAGUGGAAAAAACACACCGAAGAGAAGAAACGAGAAUCACACGGACAAGGAGAAGAAAAAGAACAGGUAGAGGAAGAAGAAAAGGAGGAAGAGGAAGAAGUACAUAGGGAACACAGCAAAGGAAGUAAGAAUGGUUUGGAAGAAACUAUUUGCACUACAAAGAUUCGUGAAAACAUCGCUCGCCCUUCACGUGCUGAUCUCUACAACCCGCGUGCUGGUCGCAUCAGCACUGUUAACAGUUUAACCCUCCCAAUCCUCCGCAAUUUACGCCUCAGUGCAGAAUAUGUUCUUCUCUACAGGAAUGGUAUAUAUGCUCCACACUGGAACAUCAACGCCAACAGCCUCUUGUACGUGAUUAGAGGACAGGGAAGAGUUAGAAUAGUGAACAGUCAAGGAAAUCCAGUGUUCGACGACAAAGUGAGAAAGGGACAAUUGGUGGUGGUGCCACAAAACUUUGUGGUGGCUGAACAGGCAGGAGAUGAAGAAGCUUUUGAGUAUGUAGUGUUCAAGACAAAUGAUAGAGCUGCUGUUAGCCAUGUAAAACAGGUGUUUAGGGCCACUCCUGCUGAGGUUCUUGCAAAUGCUUUCGGACUUCGAAAGAGUGAAGCUGCUCAAAUUAAGUAUAAUGGAAAUCGUGGCUCGUUGGUUCAGCCUCAAUCUCAAUAAACUCAUGCAAUGCAAUGUCGAGGUGGCCAUCUUUUGUAACAAAAUAAUAAUAAAAUAAAUUUUGGAUGUGCUGUACUGAAGAACUUGAGUUUUAAAAAUAUUAAUAAAGUUAUGGCCUUGUGACAUUUCUCA